AAGUGAUAAAAGUUUCAGUGUACUCAAAUCUGUGAUUCAGUAGUGACCUCAAGAACAACCAUCUCUUUAAAAUGCUGAUAUUAUCACAUUUGUUCAUAAUUGCACUGGCAGCGAUUUUGCAUACCAGUGACGCUGGUGUCUCAAUGCAUAAUCCAUUCUACUGUUAUUCGGAAGAUCCGAUUAAACCACAAAUUGGAAUGUUUGGUACAAAAUCCACAUACGAAACGAGCCGGGGCCGAAAUAUAGAUCCAAAUGUAUCAACUUGUACGCCGUCUAAGUUUUGGUUACUAAGUAGGCACGGUACACGUUUACCAUCGGGAUCAGAUCUGCGUCGAAUUUUUGAACAUUCUGAGCGACUACACAGGGAAAUACUGUCCAACUACGAUCAGGGAAAGACGUCACUUUGUGCAUCGGACAUGGAAUUAAUUCGACCCUGGAGAUUUGAUCCGAACAUAACCGCAGAUGUUGAUCAAUAUCUAGUUGUUGCCGGUUGGAAUGAGUUACAAGGUUUAGGACAACGAUAUCAGGCUGCUUUUCCUACACUCUUGCCGUCGACGUACUCACGCAAUGAUUAUUUCUUCCGCACAACCGAUAGACAAAGAACCCUGGCCAGUCUUCGAGCUUUUGCGGAUGGUUUAUUCGGGUAUAAUGGAUACGAGCAAGUUCAAUUUGAAGAAGUCCCACAACAGGAUUACCUGUUAAGACCAUACGACUUGUGUCCACUUUAUGACGAGGUCGUCGAAGAACCGGUGGAACAAAAUGCAUUUGUUGAGGGACCUGAAUACCAGGAAAUGAUUGCACAAGUGAGUGCUAAGUUAGGUUUCCACGGUUCGCAUACAUUGAGAGCCGUUGAAGUGGAAACACUGAUUACCAUCUGCAGAUAUGAGCAAAUAUGGGAUCUCAAUUCAACGUCCCCGCUAUGCGGGGGCUUUUCUGUUGCAAACCAUCAAGUCCUGGAAUAUUUUGAAGAUCUUGAGUACUAUUGGAAGGUUGGCUUCGGUCACCGAAACUAUCGACGACUUUUCGAAAACCUAAAUUGCAACCUGAUGCAAGACUUUCUAAACUUUAUCCGAACGAAUGAAGUUACCGACCAUAAAGCUCGAAUUUUUAGUACUCACUCAACGAUUCUGCAAUUAAUUCUGGUAACGCUCGGUGUUUUCGAAGACGAGGUUCAGUUGACUCGUCACAAUUUUGCACUACAAACAAAUAGAUUAUGGAAGUCAAGUCUGGUCGCACCAAUGGGUACAAACGUAGCAGUUAUUCGAUAUGACUGCGAAGAUGGCGAUAAUGAUCUACUCUUUUUGUUCAAUGAAAAACCGCUGCAAAUAGCUGGAUGUGCAGCAAAUGGAGUAUGUAAGCAGUCAUUAAUUCUGGAAAGAUUCAGCCGCUUUUUGGAAGGAAAUUGCAUGGAGAUCUUUUGUAGGAAUUCUUGAAGACUCAGGAAUAAAAUAUUGAUAGAUUAGUCGACAGA